AUCUCCAUCAAGUUUGUAGUUCGUAUCUGAGCUUGAUUCUCUUCCACCACCAUGACUCCCAAGCCACUAUUCCUUGAGAUCUUCAUUCAUUGUAUGGAUGGACUUGAUGCUUAUUCCCUAUGUCCCACACAUUUCCCUAAAUCUUCAUUUUUGAAUGCCGCAACCCCCAGCCAAUUUGUUGCGUUUUCUGAAAUUGGCAAAUGCAAAUUCUCACUCUUCAUCUCAUCCACACACCCUUUCACCCAGUUUUUUGUCUUUUUCUUGCACUUGCCUUAUCUAAAGCUUUCCGCAGGUGACAGUUUUCUUCCUGUAUAACCCGCUGAAAACCCAUAUUCCAACCAUUAUGCCCGUCAACAAAAGUCUUUGAUUUUUUUUUGUCGCGGCGACAUUUGUGUUUUGCAAGAAAGAGGGCUUUAUCUGAUGUAUUUAUUUUCUAAUGCAUUCAACCCCUUUUGGAAAGGGUUUUGAUUUCCAUGUUGUCCCUGAAAAAAUCAUAAGAUGAGAAAUAAAGAAGAAAAAACGAAGAAUGUAAGAGAAAACAUAAUUGGUGGGUGCUCAUUUCUUCUAAGGCUACAACUAAAAGGUGCUGUAAGGCUUUCACCUAUGCGCUAUACCAAUGAAUCAAAACUGCAUAAAUAAUCCAAAAAAGUCCCAUUAGAAGAGAGAAGAAAACAAAAGAGAAAACAUAACUCGUGGGGUAUCCAAUUCUUAUGAGGCUAAGAACAAACGGCGCUCUAAGACGCUUGAUUUAGGCGUUAUAUUGCUCUCUCCUUCAGUUUUCACCUCGCUGGCCCUAUUAAGGCGCCUAUUCCCUCCCCUGCCCAAGACACUAGCCUUACGCUCUCUCUAAACUAAGCUCAGAACCAGAGAAAUUAGUUAGACUCAAUUUCAGAAUCUUACUAAACGGAUAGACUCUUCUGUUCAGAAUAGCACAUGUCAGAUAACUUCCGUUAUUCUCAUCAAGUUGCAAAAUACAGCAUCAAUGAAAAAGAAGAUGAGAGAUGAAUGAUGAUACUUGAUACAAACCCAAAGCUUUGUUUUCGUCUUCAACAGCAAAAAAUGAUCGAACUUAUCAGGAGAAAGGUAGAAGAUGCUCUGGAAUUGUCUCAAGAAGAGCUUGCUCCAAGGGCGGAAGAAAAUGUACACUUUUUUCGGUCUUCAUCUUGGGUCAAAGCGUUCCUAGAAGAGUUGGAGAGAACUGUUACUCUGCUUGUAUUUGAAGACGCCUCUAUGUGUCCAGUUGGGGACCUAGACCUAUCUCAGCAUUCGAAGAUAGCAGAUGAGCUCAAUGCGGCCAUUCCUCAACGUCAAAAUCAUGAUAAAGAUCCAAUGCUACUCAGCAUGUUGAAAUUGCUUAUUAAAGCUCAGAAUGAACUUGAUGUAAAAUCUGCUUAUCCUCGAAUGACCGAUUUAUCAUCUGCCAAGCUAGAAGAACUUGCUGCCUGAAAGCCAAGCAACCUGAUGUUCUAACAUCUAUCUUGUAAAUCUCAAAAUUCUACGCGUAUGUUCUCGGUCUGGAUAUACCCCAUUGUUGAUAGUCAGGACCAUUUCCCCAUUUUUUUGAAAGCUCUUUACUGGCUUUUGAACAGAGGCACUGUUGAUUUGUUAAUGUGGGUGCCAUUUAAGUCUUGUUACUUCUAAGUGGACAGCUACUGGCCUUCUGGUGAUCACAUGGAAUCAAAGUGUUCCUUCAAGUUCAUCUUGUUAGGCCUUCAAUCAACAAGGUAAAGGACUAUCCCUCGCUCUGUCUCGAUCAAAUUUUUGUUCGAGCUCUUUGCAUAUUAUGGAGAUGGGGGAGUUAUUCGAAUUAGAUAAGACACUCGAAUUCAAAUAGGGUUCGGCCAACUCUUAACAUAAAAUUUAUAUCAUAGUUGUCAUAUUAGUCACAAAAACUGAAAAUUACCAGAUUUGAAUAUUUUAGUAUAUAAUAUCUGAAACCUCAUCGAUCACCUAAAUGAACACCGGUUGAACUUGAGGGUUGGGGAAAAGAAAUUGACAGAAGAGGUAAAAAUGGUCCAAAACAGUGCAGACUGUAGAAUCUGUAGCUCUAGCUAUUCCCAUCUAGUUUGUCUUUUAAGACUUUUAUAACUUCUCUUGUGACACUAUUCCUUUUGCAAAUAACUGGGUUUCAAGGACCACUUAUUUAAACUCCAGUUUUGAUUGAGUGCAGCUCAAUUCACAAAAGAACAAGAAAAAGACUCCAAAUGUUAAAGAUUGCCUGCAAAGUUGCAAGGAUUUCAUCAUAUUAACUAACUUUCAAAUUUUACAUUUGUGUGGGUGUUAAUCUUUUAAUUGAUUCUCAAUAUCUUGGAAUGAGUUUGGAAUUGGACAAUAUGUUUUAUGAAAAUGUUUUAGAUUUAAUUUAGGAUUGAUGCCUAAUUAACUUGUCAAAUUAAGUGUUUGAGGGUUUCUCUUUUAUAUUGACGAUAAGAGUUUGAUUCUCACCACUUACAUAAAGGAUUAAUUCUCUCUUUUCUUUGCUCUGAGGAAUUCUUGUUUGAAUACAACAACUUGUCAAAUUACAUAGAUAUAGUUUGUUUGAUUUUCACAAAUAUGCAACCCGGUCAAAAUUAACACUAUUGAAAAACUGUUCAACCCUUCUUGAAAAAGACAUAAAUUUUAAUUAUUAAUAACAUGUAAAUAAGUAGGAGUAUGCACUAGAUUUCAAAUAGUCCAAUUAAAAAUAAUUAACUUACUUUUUAAUCUGAUGACCCGAUUAACACCUUUAUUUAGAUUUUAGACUCAUUUUUACAAGUAGGCCAUCUUUAAAGACUUGGUUUGGUGUUUCCCUAACAUAAUUAAAUAAAUGUGUAGGAGAGUAGGAGUACUUUCUUUACAAAAUCUUUGGGUAAUUCAUUUUUACAAGUAGGCCAUCUUUAAAGACUUGGUUUGGUGUUUCCCUAACAUAAUUAAAUAAAUGUGUAGGAGAGUAGGAGUACUUUCUUUACAAAAUCUUUGGGUUACCCAUUUAGUUAUUUCUAAGGCAAAUCUACAGCUCCAAUGUUAUCAAGUCCAAUCUUAUGUAUGUUUUAAACAGAUGUUGCAUGCCCCACUAAUCAUUUCACAAUGGAAUUUUAUUUUUGGAUCAUUGACGCAAAAGAGAUGAUAAAAGAUAAGUUUAGGUACAAAGUGUGUUCAUAUGAAAAUGGUAAAAAACUACUAAUUACUUGAUGGGUAUAUUUGUUAGUGAUCCUCUCUUAAUAAAACCGUCUUAACAUAAAAAUUAUGUAUUCUUAUAAUUUGUAUUAAUUCUGUUAUAUAACUCUUUUGUGGGUGCUUCUCUGUGAAACCGUCUCAAAACAAGCUCAUAUACUUAUAAUUUGUUUUUAUUGUGCUAGUUAACUCAUGUAUUGCGCACAUUUCAGAGUAAAACCACCUCAAUAAUUUGUGAUAAUUGUUUUAUAUUAAAUAACAAAUUAGUAAUUGUCUCACCACCACUAACUAGACAUCAAUUUUAUUACUCUCAAUUUAUUUGAUUUUCAAAAUUCAGUUUAACCAGGCUCGAUUCAAUUAAAAUUUAGCUGCCUCUUAUACUAUACUUUUUUGUACUGAAUAGUUACACCGAUAAUAAGAUAAAAGUACUUAUUAUGCUCAUUUAUUUUGUUAUACGUCCUUCUAUUUUAAUUAAAUGUUUAAUUUCUUCCUUUAAUAUAUUCACAUUUAAUA